AUGGAGCAGGUCCAACAACAAGUUGCUGCUUCAGCUGACGAACCCUGCGAAAUCAAACAACAACAGCGGCUCGCGUUUACAGUAUUCAUGGAUAAUGCCUUUCUAAUAUCCCACGCAUACAAUCAGUUUCGUGAAACGAAUUACCCGAACUUCGCAGACUACAUUACCUCCAAGUUUGAUCAAAGCGUCUGUCUUGACACAUCCGCCUACAGUGUGUGCCUCGUGUUCCGAAACCGGACAGACGUGGAGGUCUCAUUGCUAAACAAAGGCCGUAUCGCGUACAUACACGCUCUCGGAGCACUCCAGCAGGCUUUAAAUCGAGAACAGACCUCGAAUAAGUCCGAUAUGAUUGGUGCUAUCAUCUUGCUAUCGAUAUAUGAGAUGCGUGUGCCGUCCGAGCCUGACGAUAAAUGGCCAACCCAUUGCCACGGCGUUACAGAGUUGAUGAAGGAGCUGGGAGCAGAGAGCUUUACGCAUGGGUUUGCGCGCUCUUGCUAUAUCUUCUUUCGCGGGUUCCUGAUUGCCUACGCCUUUCACCAAGAGCAGCCGUGUUUUCUCGAAGGAGAUCAGUGGCAGCAGCUAGCAGAGAGGCUCAGGGUUGAGGACUCACAGAAGCUCGGUAUACGUAGAAUGUUUGUGGAUGUCACGGAGCGCAUCUUCAUGGAGCUCGUCAAGUGUCCGAGAUACGUAUCUGAAGCACGAUUAUACCAGAGCAACCAGAAUUAUGAGCAAGUGCAGGUAUUGUGCUCUGAGGUCGUCGGUGCACAGAUCAGGCUGGGGUUGCUUGCAACUCAACUAGGAGAUCUCAUCAGCAUCUAUCAGCCGGAGGACAUUCCAAGCGCACCAAAACUCUUACUGGAUGGGGUAGAGAAUGCCGUUCAUCUCUUGGAUGCUCUAGCCCAAAGACUUAUAAAGGUCCCCAUCCCACCCGUACGUGUUUAUUCCGGGCUGGCGCAGCUUAUUAAUCGCAAUUAUAUCGUGCAAGACGCCCGUUGGCUGGACCAUUUGGGUUGUUCAAUGGGACUUUUAGGGACUACACUUGCUGGGUGA